AUGACGAUGGAAGACGAAAUGACAGAAUAUCCAGAGACGGAAUGCGAAGCCGACGAUGGACCCCAAUCUAUGGGCGGGCUUUUUUCUGGCAAAGGAGCCGCAAAAGCGCAAAAAAUGUUCCUUGCUCGAAAAGCUCGGAUGGCGAAGUAUUCGUCCGUCUCUUACGGCGAAAAUACGGAGCACCCCGAUCUUGAGCACUUGAACAACUCUGAUGGGGAAUCGUCGGAAGAUAGUGAGGAUGAGCAUCAACAGGUGCUCAAUCAUGACGGACACAUCGAAGCUUAUGAAGGAGAAAACCUUGAACGAAUUAGGCAGAAGAAGUCCGUUAAAGUCGAACACAAGCUGCAAACAUCCGGAAAAGGCCUGAACCUCUUUCAACAACGUCAACAGCACGUUCAGAAGUACAUCGUCGACCAACCAAAUGAGAACUACGACAAGGACGCGAAUCAUAGUCACCUUAAAAACGGCAGCCAGAAUGGCAUCAAUGGCAGUCAAAUGAAUGGGAUCAACGGAACCAAUGGAAAUCAUUCUUCCCCAACUCCGAUGUUCUCUGUCAAUCUAAAGCAUGUCGGCGGCAAGUCAUCUGAGAAAAUGGGGGGAAACAGCGGCAGCAAUCAAAAUGGCGAGGCCAGCUUCAAUAUUCAGCUGCGUCAGACUGGCCAACUCGAGUCGCUGACAAGAGAAGGACAAAGCACUCAAGAGAAUCAGCAAAACGGGAGGGAGGAACAACAAGGACAAGCGUCGAACUUUGUGCUAAAUGGAGCGGCGAAAAGUAGCGGAAGACAGCAUCCAGUGAAUCAAAGCCAAGAAGAGGAUCGCCAAUCUGUUAAUAGCCAGAUGAGUAACGAAAGCGCAGUGAGCACCACGUCACUGCUCUCGUCUACGAACACGUUCGCGCGCGGCUGGAGUAGCUUCUCCAACGGUGCCACUCAAGGAAACAAGGCUUCAUCCAGCUUCAGAUCAGUAAGAGCGCCACAGGGAAAAAUCACCUCGAUUUCCUGCUCUUCAUCGAUUAAAAUAGGCAAUGGAGUGAACAAGCCCUACCCAUCAUGGAACUCAAAGAAUACUCCCUCACCUCGCAAUAGUCUUCCAGAAAAUUCUACAUCAUUUCAAGCAAAUUCAAAUGCACAAAGACAUUCAAGUACUCCUUCUACUUCAACUUUCCAGGCUCCUGCAUUCAAGCCAAUGCCUGUCUCGUCUCAAGCUACGUUUUCUCCAGCUCCAACUGCACCUGUGAAUGGCACUUCAUUCAAAAAUAUCCAGACGCCUUUCAGCCCGCCAACGGCUAGGGCAUCCUUUUCUCCAGCGCCUCCAGCUCAUGAAAGAACACGAAGCGCCAGCUGGGCCCCCACUGCUCAGAAAAUCAAUUCGAACGGAGUUGCACCAAAGAAAAAGCCACCACCACCACCCGCAGGAAAGCCAACCAUGUCCCCUUUGCUUUCUCGUCGACAAGCUGCUUCGCCAGCUCCAUCGUUUACUGAGCAGAGCUUUAACCCUUCUCCGCGCAAUUCAUCUUCAAGCCAGCAAGAAACUUUUAAAUCGAGCUUUUCUGAACUGCAAAUCGGUUCGCCAAUGACCCAAAGAAAACUAAGCAACCCACCAGCAAAGCCCGAAAUCGAGCUGCGAAGUCCACAGCCUAAAGUGUCCAACUUUUCCCUUCAAUGGGAUCAGACGUCAACGGCUUCAAACAACUUCCAUACUGAGCCUGAGCCUGAGCCUGAAAGUAAUUCUAUCAAUAUCGAGGAUGUUUCGUGUCAUUCUGAAAGACAGCCUGACAUUGUCGUUGAUUUUGAUAUGAAAUCACCGGUGCCCAGUUAUUUGAACGGAAGUUCCUGUCAGGCAGCCAACGGCGAUGAUGAUCAAUUUCAUGAGGAUACCGCUUCUGUUACUUCCUUCAAUUCGGAGGUCUUCGAACAACAGCAAGCUAUGGAACAACAGGUUGCUUCUAACUCAGCGCCUCCACCCCCAGCAGGUCCUCCGGCUGCACCCACUUGUCCGCCGCCAGCACCAGAACCAGUGGAAGAAAGUAAUCAAAUGACUCCAACCGCCAAUCUUAUGGCAAAUGCCUUCAAGAUGGCUGCUGUUCCAAAACUACGAAAAGUUGCUGAGCCAGAAGUGAAAUGGGGAGGACAAAAGCCAGUUUCUCAAGAGAGAGUUCAAAAUUCCGUCAAAGAAGAGCAAAACAGAGUGUUUCAGGAUCAACAACGCCAGCGGAUGGAGCAGCAAAAACGAGAAAUGGAGGAGAAACGGGUGAGGGAAGAAGCCAGCCGAAUGCAUCAGCCUCCUGUUGCAUCGACAGCGCAGUUUACACCGGUCAAGAAUGGAGCUCCUCAGCGACGGGUGCAUUUUUCCGAGGCUGAAGGAAUUCGCCAACAACAAGGACCAAUGAGCUACAAUAAGGCUGCUACUGGUUUUAGACCCAAUCCUCUACCCGAGACGCCAUCAGCUCCUGUUUCUAAAUUAAAUACUUCAAUUCAACACGUUCCUGUGCCACAAAUGAACCGAUCAGCAGCACCAAGACCUAAAUUUAUGGCUAAAAAUUCAAAUGUUCCCCCGAUGGAAAGUUGGUCUUCUAACUCUGCGCCAAAUACAGCCCCACAGCUUCCUCCAAUGGACUUCAACAAACAGCAACCGGUAGCGCCUCCCCCAAAACCGCAGCCAAAGCGAUGGCAACCAAGUUUCAAACCAGAUCUUCCUCCUGUACAGAUUCCAGAUUACCAAAAUUCGGGCAACUCAAUUGUCAUGGAUAAUCUGAACGCAACAUACAAUCCACCACCAGUGCCAUCCGUCAAUCGACGUGCUCCACUCUCUCCUCCACAGAAAACGCCUCCCCCAACGCCAACAAAACCCGUUUGGUACCCUGGCAUGCGUGCCGAUCCGAUGCAAUUCUCUGGCCGCAAAACUAGUUACAAAACAGGACCCCCGCCACCCGCGCCCAAAGUUGGAAUUGCUGCCAGUGACAUCAUUGCCGGUCCUUCCCGUCUUGUUGAUAAGUUUGAGCUCAACAAGCCGGCAAAGCAAGAGUUUGUACCUGACGCGUCACGCUUGAAACUCUUUCAAGACCUGAUUGAACAUCAUGAUCGGCCUCGAGGAGGUGGAGGAUCGCGACCAGGUUCACGAAACGGCUUCACGAGUUUACGCGAUGGCUACGAAAGCGACAGCGGUCUUGCUUACCGUUCAAAAACCAGUUUCAAUAAAUUCGACAAUGGCCCAGCAAAAGCACAAGAAGCGCCAGCCGCAUUCGUAUUCGACCCAAUGCAGUCCCGUGGCCGAGGAGCAAAGAUGUUCGAGCGCCAGAAAAAUAGAAUGGGCAAGUUCACGCGGGACCACCGGGAAGACUACGAGCAGUAUAAAGGCCAGCAGACGAAAAAUGAAUCAUUCCAACACCAGGUGCCUGUUUUGCCAGCAUUGAGUUCGGUUCCGCCAAAGCCAUCACUAGCCCGUCCUCAGCGAAAGAACAAAGAGCUCGGCGACUUCAACAGAAUCAUGAACCGAUCCGGUAACCGACCUGCGCCCAAUGUCUGGUCGCCUAGUGGUCCUCAAGAGUUCUAA